AUGUCUCUCCGCCCCUGUAUCCCCAGUCGAUUUCUUCUCCGUCGCGGUUCAUUUCUAUCACGGAGCUAUGCCGUACAGGCGCCUGGCAAUCCCACCCUCGAGGUCUUCAAUCGCAGAAUAAAAUGGCUACAAAAGGAGCGUGCAGCGCAAAAUACAGUAGACAGCCGGAAAGUCGAUUAUAUUAGAGACGAGAUUGCAUCGCGCUUAAGUGAACGGCUACUAGAUAUCAAAAGAAAUUUUAACAAUGUUCUUGACCUUGGAGCGAAUAGCUGCAAUAUAGCUAGGGCUUUAACCAUACCCUAUGUCAACCCUGACCUCCCCGAUGCGCCGCCCUCAGAGCCCAUAGCGAACCGCGUAUCAAAAUUGACUUGCGUUGACGAGUCUCCCUCUCUAUUAUAUCGUGACAAGUCUCUACAAUUCAACUCUGAAAUAUCUAUAACUCGGGAAGUUAUUCCUAAUCUUGAAAAUCUUCCCUAUGAACCUAAUACCUUUGACGCUGUUCUGUCAUCGCUCUCGAUGCACUGGAUAAACGACCUACCUUCAGUACUAGCGCAGGUGAAUUCUAUUCUCAAGCCAGAUAGCCCGUUCAUUGCAGCAAUGCCGGGUGGUGACACCCUUUUCGAAUUACGCUCGUCAUUACAACUGGCUGAUCUUGAACGAAGAGGGGGCGUCAGCCCUCAUGUGUCGCCAUUAGCUGAUGUCAAAGAUAUUGGAGGAUUACUAAAUAAGGCAGGGUUUAAGCUCUUGACAGUGGAUGUGGAAGAUUUAAUUGUUGACUAUCCCCAUACCUUUGCUCUAAUGUCGGACUUACAGGCGAUGGGGGAGAACAAUGCGAUCAAACAUCGGGAAAUUGCUCCGAUGUCAAGGGAUGUAUUGUUAGCCAAUGAGGCUAUCUAUAGAGCUCUCAAUAAAGAAGACGGGCAACAGGGGAUACCAGCUACGUUUAGAUUUAUAUUCAUGAUCGGAUGGAAAGAAGGAGAGGGUCAGUCUAAGCCUCUAGAGAGAGGAAGUGGACAAGUAAACCUCAAAGAUGUACUGGAAAGAGGAAGCUUUGAAUCGUAA